AUGACCGCAGCGCCUCAGGGGCCAGAUCUCGGUUUUUUAAACGAGGAGGAAGCCAGGGCGAUUUUUCAGGUGCUGCAGAGGGACUCGGAGCUCCGGCGGGCAGAGAGAGACAGAGUCAGCAAACUUCUGAAGAGAAAGAAGGCUGAAACAGGGCUGCAGGGAAUGACUGGAGAAUGGUUUGAAGAAAUACAAAGAAAAAAAUUUCAAAAUUGCAUUGAUGUCAAUAGGAUGCUAAAACCACCGUUAGAGCAUCAGCUAAGGAAGAGCAAAACCACCAAUCAUAAAGAAUUAAAAAUGUCAUCCUGCACAAAUCCUCAAGCACAAAAGAACACUUCAGCUUCCUUUCUGGGGUUCAGAUCACCUUUUGCUUGGCUUUUCUCCUUUAGAAAAUCAAGGAAAAACCAGACUCAGAAGCAACCACGAUAUGACAGUUCUGCUAGCCCAUCUUCGAAAGUGGAAGAAAUGGCAACGGCUGAAAUGUGUAAUUCCCCAAUGUCCACUGAAACCAAUGGUCAUUCUUUUGAUGCAAACCAAAAUGAAAUGAUGGAGAAAAGUAUACAGGAAUGGAAUGAACAGCUAGAGAAGGAGUUUUUCAGUGUUCUAAAUGAUCUGGAUGACCAGCUGGCCCAGGAACAAGCCCAAGACCCAUUGGACAGGACAGUUUCUACUAGCAGUGCAUCAAAUGUCCAAUGCAGUAGUGCAUUCCCUACUUCAAAGAGGCAGACUGCUAGUAGGGGGCAACACAGAAAUGACUGGAGUGACAUGUCUAGCACAUUUUUCCCAGAUGGACUGAGAACAAUAAGAGCCAAAGAUGAACACAAGAUUUUCAUCAGACCAAGGAAAUUACAUAGUGCAUAUAUAAACUGGCACCAGACAGCCUUUCAAGAAGAUUACAAAUAUGGUGAUCCAGUCGACGGAAAUCCUCAUCUGCUAAGCAGCAGGCUGUCUUCCGUUUCUUUUGGACGAUCUUCAGAAGGUAGCUUAUAUCCUCCUUCCAUAACACAGAACAGUGGAUUUAGGCACAAGAGUUAUAUGAACAGGGAUACAGCUGGCAGAAGUUACUCUGUAUGUUCCCUUCAGAGAUGUCCAUCAUCAGUAUCUUCUGACCAGCUAUCAGCAUCUAGUUUACAACAUCCAUUGGCAAGGGAGAGCAGCAAUGGUUUUGUACCAAGGUUUGGUCGACAAAACCCAAAGAGAAUUCCUCUGUCUUCUAUUGUAUGGAACAACACACCAGACUCUCCUGGACAAACAUCAACUCAAGAAAAAAUGUUUAGAACCCAGUCACUGAUGGAGUUUCAUGCUCCAGACCAUGGUAGAUAUCCUAGCUCUUUGCAAGAAACCAAGAAAUACGCAUGUUACCACUCAAAACACCACUACAGAAGAUCUAUUUCAAGCAGUAACUGCUUUAGCAGAGUUAGUUGUCCUGACAAAGCUGCUUCUCCGUUGCCCUUUGAUAACUGGGAAAAUUAUCCAUUAUAUAAAUCCGAAAAUAAUCUCUCUAGAUCCUACUAUAGAGAUACUUCCUCUCAUGGCAAGUUGUAUGCAAACCAAAAAAAUUCUCCUUACGGAAAAAAGGACAGCUAUCCUUCUUGGGCUGAUACUCCUCAGUACUACAGUGAUGAAGUGUUUAUUUCCCCUGAUGCCAGCUAUGAAGUGAUUAUGGCUAAUUUAAAUGACCAGCAGUGGGCACAUACAAAGAAUGCCAAGUUUGGUUCACAGCACCUGCAGAACGAUUUUCAUGUGUAUUCUCCAGAAUAUACGAAUAUCAAAAGGAUAACAAGAAGUGCAAAUAGAACUUCUUCAGAAUACACCGAGGGCUGUCAGCCUUGGCUAAGUUGUAACUCUUCUGUUUCUUCAUCCAGUAUCAGAACUGAUGAGUCAGUCUUCCCUAAUUUGAAGGACCCAACAAAACCUAUAGGACUAAACAGGAAAUCAGUUGUACAAAGAAGUACCAAAGCAGACUUUACACAACCAGAAAAGGUUGAAGGUAUGAACCUGCCAGAUGAACGCAUGCCAUUACAGUCAGUUUCUCAACAAACAGAUACAAACUACAUCAACGCCCAGAGUUUUCCCUCUAACAGCCCUGCUUCUGCCAUGUUGCAAAGUGAUGUAUCUCUCUUUAACACAAUGAGAUCAAAGAGACAAAACCAAGUCACUGCCAGAGGAGAUACUGCAAAAAUGUAUACAUCAAACAGUGAUAAAAAAAGUGUACAAAGGAAGGGAAAUGAUCGCCCACCCAACAGUGUGUUCAGUCAGCCUACCUGUAUUUUGCCAGCUGACGAGAGCAGGAAGGAACCUUUUCUUCCAAGUCAGAAAGAAUGGGAACAUAAUCUACAUUAUGCAGUAAAAAGAGAAAGCAUCAAACAGGAUAAUCGGAGUGCAGAAGCCAUUAACCAAGCUACUCCAAAGAGACAGUCCUCACCGCUGAAUGUUGCUUCUGCUGCAUCCACUGAAAAAUUAGCAAACUGUCAAGGCAUGUUGUCCUGUCCUCCUGAAUGUUCAUCUAGCUACUCACAAAGCUCUCCACAAGCACUUUCUCAUAAAGACAGGUCUAAAUGUUUAGGAACGCUAACUAGCUCUUCAGUAAAUUGCACAGUUACUGAAUCCGAAGCAGAAGGUGGAAAAACAGCUCAAGUGAGCAGAAUAGGUGUUACCAAAAAGAUUUCACAGAAAACACUGCAAAGUAUAAGCACUUUAGUUACUAAGGACUGUAAUGGACAAUUCACUACUGGUUCUCCACAAAAUGGAAAUUCUGGAAACACUUACAUGCAUAGCUUUGAUGGAGACCCCAAGACCUCUGAACAUAGUUUAAGUUACUUUUGCCUUGAAAAAGAAAGCAGAAAAAUAAGCAGUAAUUCUCCUUGUAUUGAAAGGCUUCACAAGCAAGACAGCUUGCUGAGACAUACCAGUAGCUGCAGUGUUACUGGCUCCCCUAGCAGAAACAGCGUCAAAACUCCUGACCCACUUGUUAUUUAUUAUACUUUGCCUAGAAAAUCAGCUAGCAUUGCUGGUAGUAUUAUGUCAGAUACGCCCAUCUCUUUACCUAGAGAAAGUAGAACAACAUACGAUUGUUUAUGGUCUGAAACUCCAUGUAGAGCUGAUGCCUUUUGUUCUAAUCAGAGAGAUGUGUCUUGUUCAGACUCAAAACAUUCCUUUUUAACAUCAGCAUCAUUAAAUGCUGCUACAAGCAACAAAGAUUACCCCAGUCCUUUAAUCAAAAGUCAUAAUGAUUCAGUAAGUAGUAGUACCUCAGUUGAACUGGCAGAUAGAUGUAAACAUCUAAGCAGAACAGAAUCCUCUGUGUUUUCAGAUUGUAAGGAGAGGGGAAAUUUUUUGAAGAAAUAUAAAACUACAAGCACAUUUACAGUUUGUGUUGAUGAAGAUCAUGUCAAGUAUCAUGAACUAGUUUCAAUUUAUUACACGUUACCACGGAGGCAUUCAAGAACAUUUUGUAACCUCUUCAGAGAUAAUCCAGAGGAUGCAGAUUUACCUUGUCCCAAAGAAAAUGCUCAGUCACCAAGAAUACAAAACAAGAAAAACGAAGGUCAUGUGAGUUUAGCAAAUGUUUUUUUCCCCAGUACUGUGGAAAAAGAGGUGCCUGCAUAUUCUUCUGACCAAGUAUCUUCAGCUCUGGUCACACCUCAGAACUUAAGAACUGCUGUUGAUAGUAAAGAAGAGAAUUCCCACUUAUCUCCUAGCUCUGAGAAGAUAUGUACUUCAAAGUCAAUGAGUAUGGUACAUAACAGGAAAGAUAGUUCAGCAGACCUUUCAUUAGGAGAAAAUGUGCUUUCUGACAUGGUUACAAAAGAAAUUUCUUUUGGUGGUCCACAAUCCCCUGCAAUAGUGGCUAGGUCAGGUAAGGCCAUUUCUGAUGCAUCGAGCAGCCAAAAUACAGAAAUAGGUCUAAAAGAAAAGAAGGAAAUUUUACCAACAGCCACACCAUUACUGUCCACUUUAUCAACCCCUCCCAAGCCAGGCAGACAUUUAGAGAAUCCUUCGUAUUCUACUUCAAUAAAUAAAAAUAUUAUACAGAAGGGAGACUCUGAAAACUGCUGUCAGCCCCCUAAAGUGAACACCAAUAAAAAUCUGAACAGUUUACUCCUCCACCCAGGAGAGAAGAGUUCCCUUGGAAGGAACAGUAACACAGAGCAUGCUGACAUGCCGCUUCCUCCUGCAGGAGAUACGUACAGGGAUAGUACCGAAGUCAAACAGAGAGUAAAUUUCCUACACCAAACCACCCCUCUGUAUAAUAAUACAAGUAGUGGACGGCAGUUAAGGGCUGACAGUUCAAGAAAAAAUGCAAAUUAUUUAAACUCUUGCAGCAAAGUGCUUUCAGAGUCUCAGAACAAAGCAUCUGAGGUAAGCACAGCUUCUAGUGCUGAUUCAUUACAUCAGCUGGAUGAAGUGAUUUGCACAGAUACAGAUGAAUUAAAGAAUUCAAAAAUUAAAAAAGAGCAAAACUCACAGAGUACUUGGAUAGGUAAAGAUUUUAGUGGUUUGCAGGAAUCAGAGAGGCACAGUGAAGGCAGCCUGAACAUUAACUGUAAAGAUAAAGUGGUCAGGGUUACACAAGAUCAGAAGAUAACACAGAGUGCAGAAGAUGAGACCAAGCUUCUCUCUGACUGCACAAGAGACAAAGUCAAAGAUAUAGAAAAAAGGAAAAACAGACCUUCAAUUAAAAAUAAACUGGCAGCUGUUUACAAAACAAGUCGAAAAUUUUCAAGUAAAAAUUUACCCCCCAAACCGCACAUAAGUAACAUUUUUUCACAGAACGAUGGAAGUGCCACUUCUUUAGAGGUCGACGUGUCCCUUGACUCAUUGAUUUCAACGGAUUCCCAUCAGGCAUUCCUGCAAUUGGACAGUGAAAAUCAGAAUCACAGUCUGGACCCUGAUAAGAAUACGCCAAAACCAAGAACAGCUGAGAAUAAGAAAACUGAAAAUCAGAAUGAUCCUUCUUUGCUUGUUAGUAACACCAAUUGGAGGUCCUUUACAAGCUCAUACACCCAGAAGAAAGCCAUCAGUCCCAAAAAAACUACAGUGAAAGUGGAAAGUAGGCCAAGUCUUACAAUCCUGUUUCCAGAUAAAGCAGUAACCACAAGAAGUAAGAAUUCCCAAACACUUGAUUUCAGGUUAGAAAGCAAAAGCCAGCCCAUUUCUCCCAGUGCUACUACAUCAGACUGUCUGGAUGAUGAGAAAAAAAGAGCUAGCAGUCGUGCCUGUAGUCCUCCCUUGCCACUUCUAACUGACAAAAACUCAAACACAUACAUAAAUAGAGGCUUGCAGGCAGACAUAUGUCCAGAGCAAAACUUGACUUCCCAGACAGUGCUUGGUCAGUGUCAAAAUACCUCUCAGUCUGCUAGCUUAAAAAAUGCUAACUUGCAUAGCUAUCAGUUGCGCAAGAGUGAUGCCAAGAGUCCGCGUGAGCGUCACCUGUCUGAGAGUAUUUGUGCUCGAGAUUCCCUUGAGACCUUUGCCUCGGGAAGCAAUGUUCUACCAAAAGAUGGUAUACAUGGGAAGAGAUUUAAAUCUUACUCAGAGCUAUUGUCUUGUGAUGAAAAUGAAAACUGGGCAUCGGAUGAUGAAAAAUGUUACAGCACUAGAAGUUUGAUGUAUCCUUCUGUUGAAUUUGGUAUAUUUGGCAAAGAACAACAGUUGGCUUUCCUGGAAAAUAUCAAGAGGUCGCUCACAGAGGGACGAUUAUGGACACCUUGUCUUCUUAAUAACCCUGGUGCUCUCCAAGACGGAGAGACCCCUUCUGUAAACAGGGCUGAGCUUUCGAGCUCAAGUUCUGCUGGGAGCAAAAUGUCAUCGGCUGCUUCAUCUCCCCAAGAACUGACUGGUAUCUAUCAGGAAGACCUAGCAGCUUAUUCAGACUCCGACAGUGAUACCACCACCGAUGACGAAUACUACCUAGAUGAGAUAGAUAAAGAAUCGGAGCUAUGA